ACGAAAAAACACGCUUUUGGAAACACGUACCAAGUUACGUUAUGGUUUGAUAGUGCAAUUACAAUGGAAGUUUGCCGUCUGUGCAUGAGCUAUUCUAAUCCAACCAAUAAUCUAAAUGAUGAAAAAAUAUAUAACCAAAUCCGUGAAUGUCUUAGACUGGAGAUCGAUCUUCAGGACAAACGACUGCCAUCAACAAUAUGCCUGGUCUGUGCCAGAAAUGUGCGAAAGUUUUAUCGAUUUGGGCGCGAAUGCUGGAAGACGCAGAGGUUACUGCGAGUAGCCAAAAUCUCCGACUUACACUAUUCCCUCGAAGGAAAACAGUCAGUGACGAGGGAAAUGAUGAUCAAGGUAGAGGAAAUUAGUGCUUCUUCUCGUCCCGAUUCUCGCCGAGAUCCAGAAGAAACAAGUCAAACCACAGAUAUCGGACCGAGCAUGGAGCUGAUCCAACCAUUACCUUCACCCACGGAUGUGGACCCCUUUAUUGAAGAAUGUAAAAUGGAACCUCAAGUCCAGAUUGAUUUUGAAAUAGAAUUUUUGGAUUUGGACUCUCUUAGCCAGGAGUAUAUGCCGGUUUCUGAGGAGCAUUUUCCAAUUCGAUCCUCUUGUACGCCUGAUAACACUAACACAAAGUUGCGCCUGACAAGUCGACAACCAAUGACGGGAAAAGCACUAUAUAGAUCGUUACUCAUGGAAUGCACUAUCUGUGGUAAAAUGAUUGAACGAAACAGAAUGGAGGGACAUACGAACAAGCACAAAGGAAUUCGUCCGUACGUUUGCGGCACGGAUGGAUGUGAAGCUACUUUUCACUGUAAACACGCCCGUCGACUUCACAUUCGCUGUAGGCACGGCAAUGAAACUUUUCCUUGCGAAUCCUGUGAAAAAGUGUAUAAGGCUAGACGUGACUUGUUGGGACAUAUACGCGAGUGCCACACUGAACCUAGAUAUGAAUGCGACAUGUGUCCCAAGAAGUUUACGACAAGGUCACGUUUGAACCAGCAUCGAGAUUAUCAUAUUGGUAAUCGCAAACACGCCUGUACCGUCUGUCCUAUGCGAUUUUACAAUAAAUUUCAACUAAGAGUACACACUAGAAUACAUACAGGGGCGAAACCAUUUGCAUGCCGGAUGUGCUCUUCUUUCUUCACGUAUCGCCACAUGGCAAAGGACCAUAUUGCUCGCUGUCAUGGUGUCAAAAAAGCGGUGGAUAAAGAAUGGAUCAUACAUUUUCCUGAACCUUCUAUUACAGAUGACAUAAGCUUCAAAGGUCCCAGUUGAGUCGUUUGCGCUGUUCCAGGCCAGGCUCGGUGGUCGUGAUUGCUGGAUACGAAACUCCCAAGAAAUGGGUAACACACAUUGAAUAAUAUGAUGGAAAUAACCAAAAAAUAACCAAAUAAAAU